AAAAUAGAGGGGAAGAGAGAAGACCAGAAGAGGAAGCACCGUGGAGUUCGGCAUCAAACAGGCACCACCAAGCUUUCCUUUUCUCGUCCUUACCAACUGUUCUGUAUGUGCAACGGAUAGGGGAAAAGGAUCGAUUAGGUUAUCGAUUGGUUCCUCUAGAUUUUUUCUAUCUUAUCUCUUCAAUCGUCUGCUCCUUCUUCACUUCGACGGACCUUGGCUCUGAUCUGUGUAGAAACGAUGAAUUCUAACUUCGGAAAAGCGGGGAAUCCACAAAAGGGUUCGGUUUCUUCCAAUAAUUUCGAUUUCGACUUUGGUCUCGGCUCCGGUCUGUCGAGCAAUCGACCUCGUUCCCUCAACGAUCAGAAACUUGGACAGCACAGUUCUCCUUAUUCAUUUCCUUCUUCUUCUUCUUCUUCUACGUCUUUCUCGGCGGCGCAGUCGAAACCUGCAUCCUCUGCCUGGUCCAUGAACAAACCCGCAUGGACUCACCAGCCGGCCCCCACUCCCGCCGCACGAUCCAGCCUAGAAAAACCUACCUCUAUGGUCGGGGAUAUCUCUGGGAAGAGUUGGACCUCCGCUGCCCCUUCUGCUGCUCCUAGUGCUCGUCUUGGAAUUCCCGAAAAGAAUCCCAAUUUGUUUGGAGAUCUUGUCGGUUCGGCUCUCGGUAAGACCAGCAGCGGUAAUGUUCCUUUGAAGAAUGCUGCCCCUGCUUCCGCUAACCCACAGACAACUCCCGCAACCAGGAAUGCUUUCUCCAUGGGUAAUGUAGCCGAUUCCCUGCCGAAGACCAGUACUGCUGCUCCUGCUAAUGCUACCACUCAUAUGAGGAAUACCAGUUGGGGAUCUGGUGCAAAUUUCGGGAGUUAUUCUAUUCCCACUAACAGCGGCAGCAGUAACAUCAACAAUAAUAAUCGGAAUCUGGGGGGUCCGUCCAUGAAAAGUGCGGCUGGUCUCUCUGCAAGCUCGAAGAAGGAUCCCUUUGGAUCUCUUGUGGAUUUUGGAUCCAAACCUGCUGUUAAUAAUGUCAACUCCGCGGCCAGUAAUAAUUUUAAUGCCGGUGACGCCUAUUCAUUCGGAGUCUUCCAGGAUGCUUCUAAAUCUGGCACUCCACCAUUUCCAUCUGAUGCUUUUCCUGCUACCAAUAACAAUCCUAUGGGAUCAGCAUCCAAUUCUGGCCCUAAAAUGGAUACUUUUGGGAUUCCCACACAAGAAUUUUCUUCUCACGAGCAGUCUCAGCCACAAUCCACAGGCCUCGAUCCGCUGGAUUCUUUAAUCUCAUCUGUCUCUUCCUCUGCAGCUCCCACGCCAUCUGGUCCUGUUGAAGUUGAUGACUGGGGAAUUGGUUCAGAGUUUGGAGGGAACGAAGCUGGGUGUACAACAGAGCUUGAAGGUCUUCCUCCCCCUCCAGCUGGGGUCACUGCUUCAGGAGCAACGAAUAAGGGAUUAGACAAUUACAAACAGGGUCAGUUUGCUGAUGCCAUUAAGUGGCUCUCUUGGGCAGUUGUGCUUCUGGAGAAAGCUGGCGACACUGUUGCCAGUGUGGAGGUUCUGUCCUGUAGAGCUUCGUGUUACAAAGAAGUUGGGGAAUACAAAAAGGCCGUUGCAGACUGUUCAAAGGUGCUAGAACAUGACAGUACCAAUGUAUCCGUGCUAGUACAGCGUGCACUUCUAUAUGAGAGUACUGAAAAGUACAAACUGGGGGCCGAGGACCUGAGGGCUGUUCUAAAGCUCGAUCCCACUAAUAGGGUUGCUAAAAGUACAAUUCAUCGCUUGAAUCAGUUGGCCGGCUAGAGAACUUCUUCUGAUGAUCACAUGCUUGAUGAAAUUCCUAUGUUCCCAUUUGAUCUAGGUAGAGUUCAGGUACUUUUGGGUGGAAUAAGAAUUCGAGGACGAAUUCUUUUAAAGAAUGGGAGAAUGAUGGAAAUCCGGCCAGCAUAUGAAGAAGUCCAACCUAAGACCUAGCAUUUAAGUUUUAUCCAUAAUGCAAAUAAAGCCCUUGAUUAACAUUUUUUAGUCUUUACUAUGUAAUUUAAAGUUUAAUCCCACCCAUAGAAAUUCAAAUGUAAUCGACGGUGGAGAUAUCGUAUGAGCUUUUAGGGUUGGAACUCUUCACAUCCUUGGUGGAUUUUCGCCUCAACUCUUUUGACUCCU